AUGUCUGAUCAAGACGUUCACCAAAGUGAAUAUGUCGAACUGCGAAGUAAGUUCAAAUACUACAUCGAUUCAUACAAUGCAUUAUAUCAGCUGAAAACUGACAAAGAAGAAGAAUUAAACAAGAUAUACAAAAUUAUCAAAACAGAAUUGAUUGAUUCAAGGAAAUAUCUACCUAACAAAAUUAUAAAAGACAUUUUAAAUAUCAUUCCAUAUAAUAAUCGCUAUACAAAGUCAUAUUUAUCUCUUGCAAAACUCAUAUUUGAUGACUAUAAUGUCAAAGAGGUCGAUAAUGUUCAUCAUAUUUCAAGCUUCUUGUUUUAUAAAGAAUAUGGAAUUAAUUUAGACAAAUUCGAUGAAUUCGAAAAAAUUAACUCAGAUUAUUUGGAUAUUCAUAAAGAAAAUACAAUUUACAGAGCAAUUAUGCAUAAUGACAUAGAAAGAUUCAUCUUAUUCACAGAAAGAGAAGGAUUUAAUAAAAAUCAAAGGCUUGAAAGCAGAUUAUAUCCGAAUAAUCUCUGGGGAUAUUCAUUACUUGAAUUAUGCUGUUACUACGGAGCAGUUGAUUGUUUCAAGUUCUUAAGAACUAAAUUUAGCUCAGAAAUAACUCAAAAAUGUCUAGAAUUUUCAUUUUUAGGAGGAAAUCCAGAGAUCAUGAGUGAAUGUUUGAAAUAUCAAAAACCAAAUAAAGAUUGCAUGGAAUAUGCAAUUAUUUCACACAACAUUGAUUUUGUUACAUUCUUGAUGAAUGAAUACAAUAUAGAGAUCAAUGUAAAAUAUUGCAUAGAUUAUAAUAAUCUUGAAUCAUUUUUAGUUUAUUUCGAUCAAACUAAUGAUUUUAACGAAUGUUUUCUUUAUUCAUCGAUGUUUGAUAUUGCAUCCCUUUGCGAAUAUUUCCUUUUACAUGGUGUUGAUAUUAAUGCAAAAAAUAACAAUGGGCAAACAGCUCUUCAUUAUUCAGCCUCUAAUGAUAGUAUAGAAGCAACUAAAUUUCUUAUUUCACAUGGUAUAAAUAUCAAUGAAAAAAAUAAUGGUGGUCAAACAGCUCUUCAUUUUGCAGCAAUGCACAAUAGUAAAGAAACAGCUGAACUUCUUAUUUCACAUGGUAUAAAUAUCAAUGAAAAAAAUAAUGGUGGUCAAACAGCUCUUCAUAAUGCAGCACUUUAUAAUAGUAAAGAAACAGCCAAACUUCUUAUUUCACAUGGCGCAAAUAUCAAUGAAAAAGAUAAUGAUGGUCAAACCGCUCUAUGUAUUGCAGCACUUUAUAAUAGUAAAGAAAUCGCAGAACAUCUUAUUUCACAUGGUGCAAAUAUCAAUGAAAAAGAUAAUUAUGGAAAAACAGCUCUUCAUUAUGCGUCAAAAAAUAAUUAUAAAGAAAUCGCAGAACGUCUUAUUUCACAUGGUGCAAAUAUCAAUGAAAAAGAUAAUUAUGGAAAAACUGCUCUUCAUUAUGCGUCAAAAAAUAAUUAUAAAGAAAUCGCAGAACAUCUUAUUUCACAUGGCGCAAAUAUCAAUGAAAAAGAUAAUUAUGGAAAACCGCUCUUCAUUAUGCGUCAAAAAAUAAUUAUAAAGAAAUCGCAGAACGUCUUAUUUCACAUGGUGCAAAUAUCAAUGAAAAAGAUAAUUAUGGAAAAACAGCUCUUCAUUAUGCGUCAAAAAAUAAUUAUAAAGAAAUCGCAGAACGUCUUAUUUCACAUGGCGCAAAUAUCAAUGAAAAAGAUAAUUAUGGAAAAACUGCUCUUCAUGAAGCAUCCAAUAAUAAUAUUAAAGAAAUAG